GGCAGCAGAAUAAUCCAAGCACUGCUAAGGGUAGAGCAAGCUGUCAGGGAGCACCAAGCAACUACUGGCUGUAUGGGGUGACAGGGGACAGAGCACUUCUGGAGUGCAGGGCAGAUUCUGCCACAAUACCUUUGUGCAACCAUGUCUUCUCCAACUAUAAAAGAAGAGGUGGCAAAGAUGGGGGAAAAAUUUCUGACAAAAUUAAGGCAAAUCCCUCAGGCAGAUACUGUGGAAAUAAUUUCAUUCACCAUCAUCCUUGUUUUUAUUGCCGCAGUGUUGGUGGUCACAAUCGUAGCGUGUUCCGGCUGUUGUUGCACCAAUAAGAAGCGUCGCACUACCCGGGUUCAGCCAAAAGCUGAGGUGUGAAAUGGAACAAGAAGCCUUAAUCCAAAUGCCUUACGUUACCACUUGGAUCACUUUAUCAAGUGCAGUGAAAAGAAAUAUGGACUUAAAAAUGACAUAAAAUGAAACACUGGACAUUUUUUCUACAUGUGUGAAAGGACUGCAGCUUUAUACUAUUAUAUCCACUAACAUAGUUCUGAGAAGAGUUUGGAGCCAAAGAAACCAAAAACACAACACAAGCCACCUACUGAUACCAGAGACCACUCCAUUAUUCCUAAGAUCUGCCCUUCUUCUGGUCUUCUCAGGGAAAACAUAUAUUACCAGAUAACUCCUAUGCUUUAGGCUCAAACAAAAAUGGCAAAUGUGGGCUUGCUAUGUGUGGUGUAAUGCCACCAAUUAAAUAUGUUGUAUUACCAGAAGAACAUAAAGAUUGCAGGUCACUGUUGUUACUGGAUUUAAAAUCAACUUUAUUCUUGCUGCCGAGGCCCACCUUAGAACAUGCCUAAUUGUAGAGACAUCUCUACACAGAAUCGAUGAGUAAGCCCAUAAAGGUGAAAUGCAUCAAUGUGGGGUGGUUUUAGGUCAGGACCAGGGGCGGACUGACAACUCAUGGGGCCCCCGGGCAAUAGAAGAUUAUGGGGCCCCCAGGCUGACAGAUGGCC